CAACAGCCUCACUUCCAAGACCCUACAACUUCGCCACUGCCCUUAGAGCUACGGCAAUUCAACCGCUACUUCCUAAAUCCAAGUUCCGAACAGACACUACGGGAGUACCUGCGCCCCAAACCAUCUCGCUACCCUACUAACGUUACCGUUACCUGCACCUAUCCUCGUCCCGCAAACCAACAUCAAUCUAGUCUAGCAAUCGACCCCAGCGCACUCCGUCACUCUGCGCCGGUUUCACAAACCCCAAGACUUACCUCCCAAGGAGAGGGGCAGCAUCUAAAACAAAAGAACCAUACCGAAGAAAAAAAGAGAUGGCCGAACACGAACUGACAACCGUCGUCAACCAACUGCGCUCCUCCCCGCCGACCACGCCCUACACAACAACCACCUCCCUCCUAUCGCGCGCCAAGCUCCUGCUGCUGCAACUGAACGCACUGACACCAUCGCCCUCCGUCCCCGUGCAGCACCUCGUACUGGCGCGGGAUAUCUACGAGCUCGGGGCGCUGGCGUCGAUCCGGGCCAAGAACCCGGACGCCUUCACGCGCUACGUCUCACAGCUGCAGCCGCUCUACGAGGUACUACAAGGCCACGCCGACGCCGCCGAGGCAGCAGCAAAUAGCGUUAGCGGGGAGCGCAACAAAAUCACGGGCCUGUACCUGCUCCUGCUGCUGACGCAGGGGCGGUACGCCGAGUUCCACAGCGAGCUCGAGGCGCUGUCGUCGUCCAUGUCGUCCAUGAACGACGUCGAGGCGGACCGGUACCUGGGCUACCCGAUCCGCCUGGAGCGCUGGUUGAUGGAGGGCAGCUACGACCGCGUGUGGAAGGCCAUGAAGAAAGGGGAGGUGCCCUGCGAGGAGUUUGGCGUGUUUUCAGAGAUUCUGACAUACCAAAUCCGCUCCGAGAUUGCCUCGUCAAGCGAGCGCGCCUACCCCUCGCUCCCUCUGUCAUCCACAAAGUCGCUACUCUUCCUCGAGUCUGAGGGCGCCGUCGUCGAGUUUGCCCGCAGCCGCGGCUGGAUCGUUAAGGACGGCCAGAUCUACUUCCCGUCGGCGCAGGAGGAAGAGGGCGAGCAGGAGAAGGAGAUAAGCCAGAUGAUGAUUGAGAACACUCUGGGCUACGCUCGACAGCUCGAGACAAUUGUUUAGGCAGGAGGAGGCGGAGAGGAGGCGGACACACAGGAGCUGUAUGGGGGGUUCUCGCCGUGCAACAGUGGUCUGCCGGGCUGCAGUAUGUAAGAAGAACAAAUACGCCUACCUAGACCCAUAGAUAGCGGGGGUAGAGGCUAAGCGCCGGGAACAGAAUCAGCAGCGGCCAAUUUCAACGGGUUGUUUAUGAUCAAACAA